GGGAAAGGAAGUAGUUUCUCUAGAGUAGAGCUAGAGUAGAGCAGAGCAUAACGUCAUGGCAGCGAGCGUUGGUCGGUGUUCUUGCUGAUCUCGCCCUGGCCGUCUUCUUGGUGGCUUCCUCUUUCCUCCUUCAACUCCAUGUGCUAAACGUGUGGAUCAGAGAGCGCGGCGGCAGAUGCCAUGCCUAUUUUUUUGUAAUACUCGGUUUCCUUUCUCUGUACCUGGACUGGAAGAUUCCGCUUUUGACCGUACCUCUUCCGGUGUCUUCCCUAGGGCUUGAGCUACUUCGAUCCUAUUUUUGCUCGAGGAGCCGCCGCGCGGAGGUUCGAUAUGAUGCAGCAAGGGUUUGAUAUAACUAAGUUGUUUCAAGAAGCUCAAAUACGAUGGUUGAAGCCUGUAGAAGUUCUGUAUAUCCUGCAGAAUCAUGAGAAAUUAAAGAUAACAGAGAGGCCCCCUCAAAAGCCACAUAGUGGUUCUUUAUUCCUUUUCAACCGUAGGGUGCUUCGCUAUUUUCGUAAUGAUGGACACUUGUGGCGGAAAAAGACAAAUGGCAAUACAGUAGGUGAGGGGCAUGAGCGUCUUAAGGUUGGAAAUUCUGAAGUAUUAAACUGUUAUUAUGCUCGUGGACAGGAAAAUUCUAAUUUCCAAAGGAGGAGUUAUUGGAUGCUUCAUCCGGCCUUUGAGCACAUAGUUCUUGUGCAUUACAGAGAUGUUGUCGAGGGAAGAUGCAUGCCUGAAUCAAUCUUAAGCUCAAAUGAUUCUGGUCCAACUCUCAGAUACACUGCAAGCAUCUGUGAUAAUCAAGAAAAUUACUUUUCUCGUGACACUGGAUUUAAUGAUACUGGUAAAAAUUCAAGUAGUACUGGAUUGGCAGAAGAAGUCAGUUCUCAACUUGUCAUAGGGGAUCUUGAGAUUUCUCAGUUAAACAAAAUGGACAGAGCAGAAUCGUCCAACAGAUUAUCACUGCCAGAACUCAAUCAAGCACUAAGGAAGCUUGAACAGCAGUUAAGUUUAGACAGUGACGAAGAUGAUUUAGCCUCUACGAAGGAAGCAUCGCUCCCAUUCAGUCAAGUGGAAACACAUUAUCUACAACUUCUGGAUUAUGAAAUUACAAAUUCUCAAGAAAGAGCACUUAUGCAUCCUCCGAAAAUUUUAAAUAGCCAUACCACAGAUGGAGCACAACCUGACAGUAUAUUGAUUAAUUCAGAUACACGGCAGAGUCAGUUUGAAGCUCCUGUUCAAACCGAAUCAAGUUUGGCAUUAGCACAAGGAAAUCUGUUUAAAAUACAUGAAAUCUCUCCUGAAUGGGGUUUCACUACAGAAAGUACAAAGGUUGUCAUCAUAGGAGCAUUCCAUUGCAGCCCUGCAGAGUACACAUGGGCUGUAUUAUUUGGAGAUACUGAAGUUCCCUUGGAAAUUGUUCAGGAUGGUGUUUUCCGUUGCACAACACCCCUGCAUGCUGCUGGUAAAGUCAAACUAUUGAUUACAGUUGGCAACAAGCAACCCUGUAGUGAAAUACAUGAAUUUGAAUUUCGUGAUAAGCUAAAAAAUACAAGCUACGGAAAUGCAACACAAGAAAAUAUAAUGUAUAGCCCAGAGGAACUGUUGCUUCUUGUUAAAUUCGUUCAGUUACUUCUAUCUCAACAUUUUGAUACAACAAUUCUUCAAGAGAGUAAUAUUGAACAAGAAAUCGGUCAUUUGAGGAAGUUGAAGGGGUCCAAUGAUAUAUUGGAACCAAUCAUUAGAGCACUACUAGCUGGAUCUAUAGCUUCAAAAAAUAUAAUGGAUGCAAUUCUUCAAGAACUAUUAAAAGAUAAAUUGUACCAGUGGUUAUCAUCUAGACAUGAAAGAGAUACUGACAAAUAUCAGCUAUCCAAGAGAAAGCAAUGCGUCAUACACAUGAUCUCAGGAUUGGGAUUUAUGUGGGCCUUACGACCAAUUCUCAACUCUGGUAUAGGCAUAAAUUGCCGUGAUUCAGGUGGAUGGACUGCACUUCACUGGGCUGCAUAUUUUGGAAGGGAAGAAAUGGUUGCUGCACUUCUUGUUGCUGGUGCUUCAGCUCGAGCCGUCACAAAUCCCAGUUCGCGUGAGCCAGAAGGCAAAACACCGGCUUCUUUGGCAGCUGCCAAUGGCUACAAGGGUCUUGCUGGAUAUCUUUCAGAAGCUGCACUUACUACUCAUCUCUAUUCUCUGACAACUGAGAAAACUGAGAGGUCAUUUGAGGCUGCAUCUACAGAGAUUGAUAGGGGUGUUGAGACCAUAUCUCAGAGAAGUGCCGUUGUAGAUGGUGGCACAGAAGAUCAAUUGUCACUUAAAGAUUCUUUGGCAGCUGCCAGAAAUGCUUCUCAAGCUGCUGCUCGUAUACAAGCUUCUUUCCGCUCCUAUUCUUUCAGGAAGAAGCAACAAAGUGCUGCUGUAUGUCGAGGAAAGGACAGUCUAUCCUCUGUAGAGAUACAUAAAGUUUCUGUCACAUCAAGGUUGCAUAACACAUGCCAAAGUCAUUACGAUCAUAAGUCUGAUAAAGCAGCUUUAUCGAUCCAAAAGAAUUAUCGACGUUGGAAAACCAAAAAAGAGUUUCUACUUCUACGAAAACAUGCUGUGAAAAUACAGUCUCAUGUAAGAGCUCAUUUGGCAAGGAAAAAGUACAAGACACUACUUUGGACUGUCAACUUUCUGGACAAGGCCAUACUACGAUGGCAUAGACGAGGAGUUGGUUUGAGGGGUUUUCGUGCUAAACAAGAAUUUAUUAAUGAGGAGGAAGAAGAUGACAUAAUCAAGGUUUUCCGCAAAGAAAAAGUGGAUUUAGCAACAGAUGAAGCUGCUUCAAUGGUCUUGUCAGUGGUCCAGAGUCCUAUGGCACGGCGUCAGUACCGCCGGAUGCUUGAAUGCUACCAACAAACUAAGGCUGAGCUGAGUAGCAACGAUAAUAAACCAACCGACUGUUAAUAAUGAGGCUCGGAAGGAUAAGGAAACAUGGCUUUUAUAACAGAGGCGAAGUGGCAAAUAAGUUUGUAAAUAAGUUUUUGGUAAAUAAUACUAAAGUUCUCGUCAGUAUAAAUUUGCAAACCAAUCAAUUGGUUGAGUCCUUGUAUGUAAUUGUUAUUGGACUCAUACGUCAACAAAGUGUAACUUACGAGAGCGUGAUUGUAAUAUUUCAUACUCUUAUUAACAAUAUGUAUGCAAGGUAGUAAAGCACUACUUAGGACUGUUGAUUGAGAAUAAUCUCCAUAUUAAUUUCCACAUGGUAAUAUCUAGCAAAA